AUGGACGCCGGGACCGCCGCCGCCGCCGCACCUCCGCCGACGACGGCCCUGUCGAACAGCGAGCCUGCCAAACAGCAGCAGCAGAAACCCCUCCAGAUCUCCUUUCCGCUUCCGCGCGCCCCGAAUGCCCGCGUCAACCUGCACCUGACCGUGCAUUCGAAAUCGCUGCUCCUCUUCGUCACGACGACCUCUGCCGAGCAUGACUCCGGCGUCACCGCGCCCGUGGGCAGCUUCGUCUACGCCAUGCCGAAUCUCGCCAACCCCACCGCACAACCGCUGAGCACGCCGCUCUACCCGCAGACACCGACGCUGGACCUAGCAACGCGGUUGGCGAAGAUCCUGGCGAGGCGGACCGGCCGCCCGACCUACGUUGGCAACUCGACGUCGUUUGCGAGCGCGGGCGCUGGCGGGAACGUCGAGGAGGAGAUGGAGGGCUUGGCGCGGGUGGUCGAGGUCGUGGUGGAGGAAGUGAAGAAGGCGGAUCAGGCUGCUGCUGCUGCUGGAGUGUGA